UUUUUACCUAAAAUUCAAAGAAACUUCAAUUAUUUUUAUUAAAAAAAUAAUUUUUUAGAAGAAAUUUCAAGGAAAUUCUCUGGAUUGUUUCAUGUAUUUUUGAGAAAAUCUGUGGAAAAUGAACAAGUUAAAGGUGAAUCAGAAGGAAAAGGUGAAGAAAUUCAUCCAACUCACAAAUACAGGGGAACAGACGGCAAUUUGUUGUCUUUCGAACAACGAUUGGAAGCUCGAGAUUGCCUGCGACAACUAUUUCCAGAAUCCGGACAUAUAUUAUCGCGAACUGGAUAAACGGAAGGUCGAGCAGCUGUAUACGCGGUAUCGUGAUCCGGCGGAUCAUGGCAAAAUUAAUGCAGACGGUGUGAUGAAAUUCUUGCGCGACUUGGAUUUGUCGCCGGAAUCGCGACUUGUGCUCAUAAUUGCAUGGAAAUUUCGGGCGGAGGCGCAAUGCGAGUUCUCGCACGACGAAUUUUUGCGCGGAUUUCAGGAAUUGGGCGUCGAUAGUAUAGAAAAGUUGAAGGAAAAACUACACAUUCUCGACAACGAGUUGAAGGAUCACGCGAAAUUCAAGGAUUUCUAUCAGUUUACCUUCAAUUAUGCCAAAGACCCCGGACAAAAGGGUCUCGAUUUGGAAAUGGCAAUCGCCUAUUGGCGCAUCGUACUCGCUGGCAGAUUCAAAUUUCUCGAGGAUUGGUGUCGAUUUCUCACGGAAAAUCACAAACGUUCAAUCCCAAAAGACACGUGGAACCUCCUGUUGGACUUUGCGUUGCACAUCGACGAUCACAUGACAAAUUACGAUGCGGAAGGCGCCUGGCCCGUACUCAUCGAUGACUUUGUCGAUUGGUGCAAGCAGCAAUACGCGUGGAAUACCCGACCCACAGACCCGAAAGAAGGCCCCGCACAAUUCAGCCAAUCUCAUUAUCCGAACAUUAAUUACUAUGGUUAAGCGACUCUCUUCUCAAUGUAACUUUUUUUUUUGGGUUUUUUACUGUUUGUUUGUCGAUAAAGCCGUAAAUUCAUAUCAUUACCUCACUUUUUUUUCUUUAAUUUCUCUUCAAAAAUUUUUACUGACGUUGCUCUUAAUUUUUUUUCUCUCACACAAUUGUCGUUUAGUAAAUUUCACGCGGAGCAAUGAAUGAACGAAAAAAAACAAAAAGUUUCUUAAAAUAUUCGUAGAAAUUAGAUGUAAAUUAUUAUCGUUUAAUAUAGAUGAAGAAAUGAAAUAAUAAACAAGCAACAGAUUUAAAGAAUAUUUUUAAAUAAAAGUUAUGAUUAAUAAAAAUUAGAAAUUAA